UAUACCCAGGGUCAGGCAGAGAGCCGGCCAGCGGCCGAGGGCAGGAGAGCUGGGAUAUCACACGGACGCAGCAGGGCCGUGGUGGGCGGGCAGGACAAUGGCAUCUCUCCACCACAUCUUGGUUCUCUGUGUGGGUUUCCUCACCAUGGCCAACGCAGAGGCUCCACAGGAACACGAUCCAUUCACCUAUGACUACAAAACCCUGCGGAUCGGAGGCCUCAUCAUCGCCGGGAUCCUCUUCAUCCUGGGUAUCCUCAUCGUGCUGAGCAGAAGAUGCCGGUGCAAAUUCAACCAGCAGCAGAGGACCGGGGAACCGGAUGAAGAGGAGGGAACUUUCCGCAGCUCCAUCCGCCGUCUGUCCACCCGCAGGCGGUAGAGACACCUGGCGCGAUGGAACCCAGCCAGGUCCUGCAGCUCGGGCUAGGCUGGGGGAGGGGGGCAGGAGAAGGGGACGAAGGGUGGGAUGAGAUGGCUGGGGGGCUCUGUUGCCCCUCACCCUUUUCACCCCCACAGGAUUCCCCUGGCACCUGGCGCCUCCCACCCACCACCUGAGCACCACCACCACCCGGACUGCCCUCCUCCCCAGCCCUGCCCCCACAGACUCCUCUCUGCCGCCCAGACUUCAAUAAAACGUGCUUUUCUCUCUCGA